AUGGUGCUAUCCAAGAUCUUUGCUUUGGCGCUCGCCUUCGCACCCGCGCUCGCCGUGCCAUCCGUACCCUCCGCAGCCGUCAACAAAACCCACACCGUGUUCCAAUAUCGCAAUAAUGGAACCUGGCUAGAGAACAUCUUGGUUCGGAAUAACGGAGAUAUUCUCACCACGCGCCUGGACGUUCCCGAACUCUGGGCUGUGGACCCUACCGGAACUCGCAAUGCCUCGUUGCUCCAAACCUUCCCCAAUGUUCGCAGCCUGCUAGGCAUCACCGAGAUCGACAGGGACAUAUACGCCCUUGUGGCAGGAAACUUCUCUAUCCAAACACUGUCCACCCCAGGCACUUAUUCCAUCUGGAAGGUCGAUCUCUCCACCUCAGCAAAGCCGCACACGUCCAUCAUCGCGCACAUUCCCGAGGCCGAUUUUCUCAAUGGCUUGGCCAAGUUCGAUAAGGACACCCUUCUCACCACCGACUCGGCCAAAGGCGUCAUCUGGCGCGUGGACAUCCCCAGCGGCAACUACUCCAUUGCCAUGUCUGACCCUGCGACCAUGAAGUCUCCCCGGAACAGCCCCAAGCCGGUAGGCGUCAACGGCAUCAAAGUCUUGGGAACCCACGUCUAUUAUUCGAGCAGCACCGGUAUGCAUCUUGCCCGCGUGCCCUUCACCCGACAUGCCGCACCUGCCGGCCCCGUGGAGAUCGUGGCAGGCGGCUUCACUCCGGAUGAUUUUGUUUUGGCCAGCAACGGCACGGCAUACGUGACGACAAAUGCAGAGAAUGGGUUGCUGAAGGUAGAGCCAUCCGGCAGAGUUACGCUUGUCGCGGGUAACUUGUUCACCACCGAACUGGCAGGUGCUACCUCUGUGGCGUUCAGUCGGGACCAAAAGACUCUGUAUGUGGCUACUGCGGGUGGUCAGUUCCAGCCUGUCCUGGGCGAUAUCAUUGAGCCUGCGAAGAUUGUGGCAGUGUCAAUUUGAGGGAAUGUUUCUAGCUGGUAGAGGGGGGAU